UGGAGAUCCCGUGUUUUCUCGCGAGGAGUGCGUCGCUAUAUAAAUGGCUCCAUCACUGUCCAUUCCCAUUCCAACCUCUCUGCUAGACUUACACCAGAGGAGUCGAAGCCCAAACUCAGUUACCUGAAGAUGGCUGCUGGCAAAGCUCAUAUCGGAAAGAUGGCUCCAGAUUUCACGGCCAAAGCUGUGAUGCCAGAUGGUCAGUUCCAGGACCUGAAGCUGUCAGACUACAAAGGGAAGUAUGUUGUCUUCUUCUUUUAUCCACUGGAUUUCACCUUCGUGUGCCCGACUGAGAUCAUUGCAUUCAGCGACGCGGCCGAAGAAUUCCGGAAGAUCGGCUGUGAGGUCAUCGCCGCUUCCGUUGACUCGCACUUCUCCCACUUUGCAUGGACCAACACUCCACGUAAGCAGGGCGGUUUGGGCAGUAUGAAAAUCCCGUUGGUGUCCGACACACGGCGCACCAUCUCCACAGAUUAUGGCGUUCUGAAGGAGGAUGAAGGAAUUGCCUACAGGGGUCUGUUCAUCAUUGAUGACAAGGGCAUCCUGAGACAGAUCACCAUCAACGACCUCCCGGUUGGACGCUCUGUCGAGGAGACCUUGCGUUUGGUCCAGGCCUUUCAGUUCACCGACGAGCACGGGGAAGUGUGCCCAGCUGGCUGGAAACCAGGAAGUGACACCAUCAAACCUGACGUCCAGAAAAGCAAGGACUUCUUCUCCAAGCAGUGAUAAGACCAAAGCCAGAGUCUGCCGCCUGCUCUAGGCUCUAGGAGAUCUCAUAUAGAUAACAUUUGUAGAAGUUAAUAUUUUAUAUCCUGUGUUUGUGGAAGCAUUGCUAGGGGACAUUUUCGUCAUUCAUAUUCUGUGUCUGUCUUUAAAGUGUGUACUGAGGACCAAAAUGUUUUUUUAUGUUUUAUAUUAAUAUAAUACAUCACUCGUUUUAUUGCUUGAGCUAAAUGUCAUUCCUUGUAUUGUAAAAAUAAAUUUAUUUUGUGGAAA